GGAAGUGGAAGGGAGGAAGAGGAACAAGAAGACUGACCUGCAGCAGAAGAUCCGGUCAUGGAUCGGUGUCAGUUUGUCUGUUACUCUAUUGGCGAUGUAAGCUCUGAGAGAGAGAGACAGGCGCGGAUGCGGACAGCCCUCCAGCGGGGUCCUGAGCGCGGCAGGAAACAGGAAAAGAAGAUGACCGUCCAUAACUUGUACAUCUUCGACCGCAACGGCAGCUGCCUGUUUUAUAACGAGUGGAACCGGAAGAAGCAGGCCGGCAUCUCCAAGGAGGAGGAGUUUAAGCUGAUGUACGGGAUGCUCUUCUCCAUCCGCUCAUUCGUCAGUAAGAUGUCUCCUCUGGACAUGAAGGAUGGCUUCCUGUCCUUCCAGACCAGUAAGUACCGGCUCCACUACUACGAGACUCCCAGUGGACUUCGGUUUGUGAUGAACACGGACCUGUCUGUCCCCAACGGGCGAGACACGCUGCAGAGCAUCUACAGCAAUCUGUAUGUGGAGUACAUCGUGAAGAACCCCGUCUGUGUGUUGGGUCACAGUUUGGACAGCGAGUUGUUCAGCAGUCGCCUGGACUCGUUCAUCAGAGGGCUCCCGUUCUACAGUCCCCGUGCCGCCUGAUAGACAAACUCGCGCGCACACACACACACACAGUGACCUAAUAUUUAUUGUGAACGUUGGAUUAAACGUGUGAACACGA